AGAAGAAGAAGAAGAAGAGGAAGAGGAAGAGGAAACGGAAGAAGAAGAAUUAUAAUUAGCGAAAGACAGUAGGCUUGUAGGCCUUACAAUGUUUUCAUUUUGUCACUGAUAUGUAUCAUUACUUAAAAAGUGUACGUUAGUGACCGAUUGUUUCGCUGUGCUAGGUAGUGUUUUGCUUAUACAACUAGCUGCCGGUUAGCUUAGCAUUUGGAACAUUGAUUAGUAAACACUGAUUAGCAGGUAGCAGCCGCCUGGCUAGCUGCUCCGUAGGAAACAAAAGUUUUAUUUAACUACUAAAAACAACAGGUACGCAGAGUUUGUAAUAAUGGACAAGAUUGCUAAAGAUGUUGGUGAUAUCCAGUCCCGUCUGUUACACCACAGACCCAUCAUCAAUGCAGAGAUCCGUUACUUUGUGAGAGAGUUUGAGGAGAGACGUGGACACAGGGAGAGCAGACUGCUGGAGAAUCUCAAUAAGAUGGUGGUGGAAACAAAUGGGCAAAUGCUGCCCACAAAUUUAGAGGGUGUAAACCAAGGUGUGAUGUCUAACAUCAUUAAACGGUUGGAGGCUGCUAAUCACAUGGCUGUAAGGGUCCAGCAGAGGGAGCUAGAGGCACAGCAGAGCACCCAGCUACAGAUGAACAUGGAGCAUCUGAAAGAUGAAUGGGCAGUCUUUGUGAAGAAGCAGCAGAGGUUAAAGGAGCAGGUGGAUGAGGAUCACGACAAGGCUGUAGGACGACUCAGCACCCAUUAUAGUGAAAUGAAGAUGGACCUAACCAAGUUUUCACCCUUCUAAUCAGUUUAUGUUUGUGAGGGUAUGAGUCAACAAACACAUUCUCAUUUAUUAUAUGAACACUUUAUUAUGGAAAUGAAGAUCUUUGCUUUGAUUGAUGUACUUGGUGGCUGAGAGAAAAAGUGGUUUGCUCCUGCACAAGAGUCAACAUUUUCCAAAUCAUAAAUAUAUCUGUGAUUAACAAUGUGGCAGUUUCACAGGCCAUCAAACUCUCAAUUUUUUGUCUAUAGCCCAUUGAACUGGCAUGGCAUGCAAAAGGUGACAGGGUCUGGAAUAUGUCAUUUUUAAACAAGCAAUCAUUGAAGGCUCUGAAACAUUUCCAGAUUUUUAAUGGAUGCCUGCCAGAAGGAUGCUGAUAAAUUUGCAUCACCUUCAUGUUGAAAUGAACCCAGCACAGAGCAAGUGUAAAAACAAGCUCAUUAUAACAGGCUGCUGCUGAAACCAGCUUGAAUGAUCAGCAGCAGCUGUUUUUUUUAUUUUAAUGAGUCACAAAUCCAUUAUUUUUAUUGCUUUUUAAACAAAAAAGCAUAAAUCAUAUUCUUGCUUCAAUUUCCUCUGGUCAUGUAUGCAUGAAUAUAUUUUUUAAAUUUUAAGUUUUCUGUCAUGCUUUGUGCUUGUAGUGCUUAAAAUGAAUGAUAAAAACAAACUCCGGGAGUUCACUUA